CACACACAUUUACACACUACAGUUACUCUGGAUUUUCCAGUAGCAUUGCUUGAUCAAAACUAAUAAACAUAAACAUGCAUUGUAAGUGAACUUCCGGCAGUAUGAUGUGCGGAUUUAUGCCAGCUCUGUCCCUACAGGUCUGGGCAACAUUGAUGUUGCUUUCUUCACUGCAAGGUAAGGUUACUGCACCAUCACAUCUGCAGGCAAUAGCUGGGCUUCCAUUCAUGAUGGAAUGUAAUAUUACCAUGGAGAAAGGGGAGGUUCUAAAACAGGUGCUGUGGUUAGACAUGGCAAAUAAAACAAUAUUGCACUAUCAACCUCAAAAGUAUGACCAUGUCACCAAAGUGGAUGGAGUUCAGCUCACAGCAAAAGCUGUAGGUCAUCAUGCUCACACUAGCAUCAUCACCAUCUCUAGAGCUGUGCUAGCCAAUGAGGGCUGCUACCAAUGUCUCUUUGACGUCUACCCAACCGGACAACAGAAAGGAAGGAUGUGUCUCUCACUAUUAGGAAAGGUGGAGAUGACUGGUAAUAAAACAGUUGAGAGUGGAAAGCCUGUCACCCUUUCGUGCAAUUACAUCCUCAAUAAGCAAGUUCUGCAGGUUUUAUGGACAAAAACAGCUGAGCAGGGAGACACCACCACUGUUGCUUCGUAUAUCAGGAAUGGGAGGCCCAUCGUUGAGGCACCUUUCUGGGGACGGGUAACUUUAAAUCCAUCUCUUAGCCAAACCCAGCUCUCCAUUCACCAAGCUCAGACAGAAGAUGAGGGAUGUUACACCUGUGAGUUCCACACAUAUCCAGAUGGCACUAAGAGUGCAGUUGCUUGUCUGUCUGUUUAUGUUAUACCCAAACCUGAGGCCAGUUACAUCACUGUAACACAAGGAAUUAUUGAGGCAAACUGCACAGCUGUGUCCCGUCCUGCAGCAGAGAUCUCUUGGAAUGUGGACGGUCAUAACCAAACACUGGGCCCUUCUGUGAACUCAUUUUACCAACUUGGUGACGGCACCACAAUGGUGGUCAGCUCCAUUCAGCUGCGGGCUGAACUACUGGACAGUGAACUGAUAAAGUGCGAAGUUCAUCAUCAGGGCCUUGGGUCAGCCGUCUUCAUCUAUUUAAACAAAUCUAGGAACAGACAUAUAAUUCUGAUUUCUGCUGGCUGUGUGGCCCUCGUCCUGCUUAUAUGUUUAUGUGUCUGCCUGAAGAGGUGCUGACUUUACCUGAUGAUAUGGUCAGUAGCACCACAAACAUAACUGUCUAUCUUAAAUUGAUGGGCAUGUGUAUAUAAUGCUGCUCUUGUUAUUUACUAAUUGACCAAUUAUUAAAUAAUGCUGAAUAAAGGAGCUAUUGGAUUUAUGCAGGACAAAAUAAGGAUGAAAGCAUUUAAAUAUUAGCAUGCAAGGGAAGUUACUCGCACAGAAAGGCAUUUUGCUGAAAUCAUUUUAGAUUGAUAAAUUAUGGAAACACUUUACAGUGUUGAUAAUUUCAUUAACAUUUGUUUAUGGAAUGAAAUAACUUUUACAUAAACAACAAUUAAACAACUGCUAACCACAUUUAUUAAUGUAGUUCAGUGGUUCUUAGUUCUGAUUUUAAUCAUGUGUUACAAAAUUAAUUAAUUACAGAAAACGUUAAAUGCUUAUAAACCUUAUGCAUUGCCACCCUUGAUAAAUUAAUUCUGUUGUAGUGUAGCUAAAAUUAUUUGCAUUUAAAACUAGAAAUUAAAGACUGUUGUAUUGUCACUGGUUAGAUUUGUCAGGUAAUGUUACCAACUUCCUGGUGGUAGGUGAAAAAAAUGAAUGCAACUUCAAAAUGCUUGCAAGAUGCACACAGACACCUUAAAAAACUGCAGGUUUCUGUGUUAGGGUUUUCUUGUAAAAAUCAAGCUUCCUCUUGUCAUUCUACCGAUCUAGUUUUCAGUUAUAGUUGAGGACCACUCAUUUUAUACAGAUUGCUUGUGUAUUUUUUUCUCACUUCAUUUCAACCACAUCAACAGCCCUUUACUUUUGAAUUUAACUUGUUGUUUUGUAGAACCUUUUAUUCAAAGUGACUUUCAGUAACAGAGACAGUUUUGUGUGGUGUUGACUGUUCAUGAAUUGCCUCCCAGGAAACAGUAUUUGAAAAUAUAGCAUUUCGGUUAGCAGCCCAGACCACUAGGCCACACCACCCUCAUCUACUACCCAUAUCUAGCGCCAAAUGUAGUAAACAAAAAGCUGUUAUAAAUAGCCAA